AUGAAUCAUAUUCUCUCACUCUCUCUCUCUCUCUCUCUCUCUCUCUCUCUCUCUAUCUAUCUAUCUAUCUAUCUAUCUAUCUCUCACUCUCUCUAUCUAUCUAUCUCUCUCUUGAACUCACCCGUCAUUUCUCCCUAUUUAUUGCUAUCUCUUCACAAAACUCCCUGCUUAUAUUCUAUCUACCUAUAUCUAUCGAUCUGUGUAUCUAACUGUCUGUCUAUCUGUAUCUAUCUAUCUAUCUAUCUAUCUAUCUAUCUAUCUAUGAGUCUGCUCAUAUCUAUCUAUCUAUCUAUCUAUUUAUCUCUAUUUGACUCGGCAUAUAUAUCUAUCUGUCUAUCUAUAUAUCUAUCUAUGUGUCUCAACAUUAUAUCAUAUCUAUUAUCUAUUUAUCUAUAUCUGUCUAUCAUAUACUAUCUAUCUAUCUAUCUAUCUAUCUGUCAAAGAUCUAUCUAUCUAUCUAUCUAUCUAUCUAUCUAUCUAUCUAUCUAUCUAUUUCAAUCUAUUAUCUAUUUCAAUAAUAUUAAUAUCUAUCUAUCUAUCUAUCUAUCUAUCUAUCUAUCUAUCUAUCUAUUUCAACCCAUUCAUAUAAAUAUAUCUACAUAG